UCUUCAAACAUUUGCCUGACUUUUUCUUUCCACUCUGCCAAUGGCUUCCGACAGUGUUCAUCUCCCUCUUAUCACUAUACUUCAUCACUCAAUCAUCUUCCUCCUACUCUUUAAGCUACCUUCAUGUUUGAGCUCCAACCCUACUUACAGCAAUUGCGCUAAUCUGAUAAGUUGUGGCCAAAUAAGAAACAUCGGUUUUCCAUUCUGGGGAGGGAACCGCCCAAGAGAGUGUGGCCACCCUCUGAUGGAACUCAUCUGCGAAAACGAGAUCAGCUACAUAACCAUUAACGAUGUCAAGUACCAGGUUUUGGAUGCCAACCCAGAUAGCCAUACUUUGAAAAUCACCAGACAAGAUUACUCGAUAGACUUAUGCCAGCCAAAUCAAGCCAGCACCAGCCUUAACACUCAGCUCUACGUUUAUGACUCACCCUAUAACAAUCUUUCCCUUUCCUAUGGUUGCACUCCUUCAGAGUUUUUGCCUCCCAACUAUAUUCCCUGUAAUCGAACUUCUGGGGAAACCGUUUAUUCUCAGUUUGGGUCACUUUCUCCCGUGUCUUGCAAAACUAGUGUGGUUGUUCCGGUUCCUCUUUCAUUGCAGGAGAUUGAUAGUUUCUUCCAAGUAUACCGGGCAAUCAAAGAAGGGUUUGUGGUGAGAUGGAUUAUAGGUGUUGAAGAAUGUGACAAGUGCGAAAAAUCAGGUGGAGAAUGCGGUUUUGAAGGGCCUUCACAGCAAACAAUAUGUUACUGCAGAGAUGUACCUUGUCCUAAUUUCUCACCAGAUGAUACCAAAGCAUUUCCAGGAAAAAGAAAAGUAUCAUUGCCAAUAUGGAUCUUGAUUAUCGUACCUACAACUGUUUUUAUAACAUUCAUCUUUUUGUGCUACUAUCUGAUCAAGAGAAAACCAAAAAAGAGCAAUAAGAGUCUGAAAAAGAGCAAUAAGAGUCUCCUAAGAGAAAAUUUUGGUAAUGAAAGUCUCACUUUAGAGCCCCUACAAUUCAACUUGGCUACACUUAAAGCAGCAACCAACAAUUUUUCAGAUGAGAAUAGGAUUGGUAAAGGAGGAUUCGGAGAAGUUUAUAAGGGAAUUCUUUUUGAUGGACAACACGUAGCAGUAAAAAGGCUCUCAAAAAAUUCUACCCAAGGUGCAAAGGAGUUUAAAAAUGAAGUUUCAGUUAUAGCUAAACUUCAACAUAGAAACCUUGUGACAUUGGUUGGUUUCUGUCUUGAAGAGCAAACUAAAAUUCUUAUAUAUGAAUAUGUACCAAAUAAGAGUCUUGACUAUUUUUUAUUUGAUUCUCAACUAUCAAAAUUGUUAAGUUGGACAAAACGUUAUGAUAUUAUCAUAGGGAUUGCUCGAGGGAUUUUUUAUUUACAUGAACUUUCUCGACUCAAAGUUAUACAUCGUGAUCUCAAACCAAGUAAUGUUUUAUUAGAUGAAAAUAUGAUUCCAAAAAUUUCAGAUUUUGGUCUAGCUAGAAUUGUUGAAAUAAAUCAAGAUCAAGUCAGUACAAAUAAAAUUGUUGGAACAUUUGGGUAUAUGUCUCCAGAAUAUGUAAUGUUCGGAAAAUUUUCAGAAAAGUCAGAUAUUUUUAGUUUUGGAGUCAUGGUUCUAGAGAUUGUGACUGGAGAAAAGAAUUUGAGUUCUCACAAACCACAUUAUGUUGCUGAAGGUCUCUUAAGUUAUGUAUGGAGACAAUGGAGGGCCCAAACUUGGUUAGAAAUAUUAGAUCCAAAUAUUAAAGAAAAUUAUUCAGAAAUUGAAGUUACAAAAUGUAUUCAAAUUGGUUUAUUAUGUGUUCAACAAAAUCCUGACGUCAGACCAACAAUGACAAAUGUUCUAUCAUAUUUUAGUAGUUAUUUCAAUGAAUUACCAAAUUCACAAGAACCAGCAUUUUUCUUGAAUGAAAGGACGAAUCCAACAAUAUUUGCUCCACAAUCAAGUAUUAAUCAACCUAUCAACAACUCGAUUCCAUUAUCUACUAAUAAAAUGUCUGUAAGUGAAUUUUUACCUCGAUAGUAAUUUAUUUUUCUGUGGUAUUUUUGUUUAGAAUCGAUUUGCAA